AUGGCUUUGGACACACCAAGACUCGGAGACCUGAUUGAGAUUUUUCGCUUUGGCUAUGAGCACUGGGCCAUCUAUGUGGGAGAUGGUUAUGUGAUCCACCUGGCUCCUCCAAGUGAGUUUGCUGGAGCUGGUGCAGCCAGCAUCCUGUCAGCCCUAACAGACAAGGCCGUGGUGAAGAAGGAGUUGCUGUCCGUGGUGGCCGGGAGGGACAAGUACCGGAUCAAUAACAAGCAUGAUGACAAGUACCCACCGCAGCCUUCCAACAAAAUCGUCAAGCGGGCGGAGGAGCUGGUGGGGCGGGAGGUGUCCUACAAUCUGACCAGCGAGAACUGCGAGCACUUCGUGAACGAGCUGCGCUACGGAAUCUCCCGCAGUGACCAGGUCACUGAUGCCGUCACAAUAGGUGCCGGAGGCGUGGGCCUGGCAGCCUUAGGCCUCGUUGGGCUCCUGGUAGCCAGAAACAGACGACAAAAGCAGUAA